AUGAAGCUGUCUCUUCUCAUGACAGCUGCAACUUACGCCGCAGCUGUGCAGAGCGCAAUCACUUGGAGCCUCGAGAAGGCCGCAAGCCCUACGGCGGAUCAGACAGACGCCUAUAACAAAAUCGAAGCUGCAAUGCGUCUUGCUGUUGCCCGUCAUUCUCGCCUCGGAAGCGCAACAAAGAACUUGCGCGUUUACUAUACUCCUGGCGUACCAACUGCGGAGGCAAAUUACAACGGCGACGUCAGAUUUGGCUCAAACCGAGCAUAUAUGAAUGAGAGAACGGCCCUUCAUGAGGUCUCUCAUACUCUGGGAGUUGGUCAAACUGCUGCGUUCGAUCGGAAGUGCGCUGCUGGAGAUUGGGCCACUGCGCUGCCAUUACUACGGUCGUGGGAUGGCUCAGGAGCAGUUAUCAACUGUGGUGGUUCGCACAUUUGGCCUUAUGGGCUGAACUACGAUACUGAGUGGAGUGAGACAAACGCCAACCGCCAUGUCCAACUCAUAAAUGCUAUGAUACGGGAUGGCAUGUAG